UAAUUUUCCUUUUUUUUCCAUUCCAGCUCCACCUUGUACCGGUCAUUGCUAUGUAUCCAUUGGCAAUCCGAUUCAACAGCCUCACACUACCAGCUGACAACCACGACUUCUGUUCUUGGCCAUUCAACCGAACUUACAAUGUGGAAAUAAAACAUAGGUUUAGCAAGAGCCUCACACGGAGUUCUUGUGAAGAGAUUUCGGAAGCAGAAUGUAAUGAUACGACAAUUAGAUUUAAUCCAAAAUUCAUUACAAGCAAAAAUAUUGUGUCGGUUCCAUUGGAAUCCACGGUGUUAUUAACCAUUCACCUGAAGAAUAGAGAAUCACCUUCUUCUGUGACUUCCAGAUUGGCAUUUAAACUACAUGAAUCCAUGGAAACUAACAAUAAUUAUGAGUUGCAGGAACUGAACCAUAAAUCCAGUGUGUCGAUCCACUUCUUACAAUUAUGGAAAAAUUCUUUGUCCAUCAAAAAUGACACCAAUGCCUUAGAAAAGGAAGUGAAUGCUUGUCCUGAAAAUAAUCCAGACGACUCCAAGACAAUUGUCCAGGGAGAUUUAUUUUCUUAUUCAGAAAAGGCCAUUUGGAAAAUGAUAGAUGAAAAUGUCCAAAGAGCUAAAAUUUCCGAUUCUUCUUCAAAUAAUAAUGAUACUCAGAAGAAACUUUCAGACAUAAAUUGGUCGUCUGGAGAGAAAGAAAAUAUUAACAAAGAACAUUUGUCGAAGAAUACCCAGCCAGGGAGUAAAAAUGACAGUGAGAACUCCAAAGAUAACAUGUCAGAGCCACCACAAAACAUUUCAACAAUCACAGAUUCGCCAUCGCUACCCUUAGUAUCACCACCCUCACCUUCAUCAGCGACAGCAGCUACACCAGAAUCAACAUCAAACACAUCAGAGAGAAAAGUGUCAUUGGCUGAUAUAGUUUUCCCUGCGGCCAAUAAGUCAGCAUCGUCCCCACUUCCUUCCUCUUCCACCACCCCGGUCGCAUCAAGCUCACCGUUCCAGUCCAUACAACCCUCGACGUCCACCUCACAGCCGCAGGAGACGUCUUCUAAAAGUCUGACAUCGCAGCUGCUCACUCACGAAGCCGUGUUCAUUAACGCGUCAACAGUUUUUGCCAACAAGCACGCAUCGGAGUCCACUGGAAGCCUUCCUGUAACUAAGGCAACAUCGACAUCAACGUCAACACCACCAACAACAACAACAACAACAACACCAACAACAACAACACCAACAACAACACCAACAACAACAACACCAACAACAACAACACCAACAACAACAACACCAACUACAGAAGCAGAGAGUACAACACACUCACCUACUGAACAUCUCACAACCACAGCAAAUAUCCAGCCAACUACUACCACUACUACCACUACCACUACCACUACUACUACUACUACUACUAGCUCUGCACCAACAUCAGCAGCAGCAGCAGCAGAAACAACAGAAACAACAAUGUCAACAACAGAUGACGAUGGCUUAUCAAUGACUUCGAUGCCAACCGAUACAGAUAACUCACAGGUGAACCCUAAAGCAGAUCCAACGGGGAACUAUCCAAAUAAUUUGGAGAAGAACAGUACAGAAGCUUCACCAGUGAACAGUACAGAUGAUUCACUGGUGAACAGUACAGAUGAUUCACUGGUGAACAGUACAGAAGCUUCACUAGUGAACAGUACAGAAGCUUCACUGGUGAACAGUACAGAUGAUUCACUGGUGAACAGUACUGAUGCUUCACUAGUGAACAGUACAGAUGCUUCAUUGGUGAACAGUACAGAUGCUUCACUAGUGAACAGUACAGCAAUAAGUGAACCAAUAACCAUGACAGAAAAAAUUGAAGAGGAAAGCUCCGAUGUUAUAAUCUGGCCGGUCGCAAUUGGUCUUGUGAUUGGAAUCCCUUCGCUUAUUAUCUUUUCAAUUGCUUUUUGCAUCAUAACGAAGCAAAGGCAUAUUGAUCCUAGACAAUUCUUUUUCUCUGCAUUUGGAGAUGAAGCCUCAUCAAUCAGAUAAGGAACCGGGCCAAACUCUUCGUGGCUGAACCAUAGGACCAAACUGAGUUCCUUUCAAAAACAUUGCACCAUGCAAACUAUAUUGGUUGAAUUAUUCCAAUUUUAUAUGUACAAGGAUGGACACA